AUGACUGCUCCACCACCCUCACGGAUUCAGGACUCCCGGCCCCAAGCCUGUCCUUACCACAACUGCCGAGUUGCGGAGUUUCUGCCCCCGGUGGGGAGGCAAUUGCUCCCCCCAGCAGCUGAAGUGCACGAAGCAAACGCCUCAUGCCCAGCCCAAAGUCUGUUGGCACUUCGCUUCAUCGCCUCGGGGCCGCGCCUGGCAUUCUCAACCUGCCAAGCGGCGCGGGGAGGUGAAGGAGUCACUGCCCCACCAACUUCCUCUCGCCACGAGCCGUGUUUGCGCUGGCCCGCCACGUGCCCCAGCCGCGGCGCCUGCCUUCAGGACUGGAAGCCUUCUGGCACCAUCGGCUUUCCUGGGGCGACCAAAGAUCUACCGUGCCGCCUCAGGGCCUCCCCGCCCCGGCGACUGCCUCGCUUCCGGACCCUUCUGCUGGCCGAGGCCUCACGGCAGGCAGGCGGGUCGGGGCGUCACGAUCCUCCAGCUCCAUCCGAGAGCCGUGGCAACGCGCGUCCCCCAGUGUUGUCCUGUGGCCGUCCCCUCCCUCAGCCCAGUCCGACAUGUGACAGAGGAGCGAUGGAGGUGGUUGUCUUAAUUAUUGAAACACAGUGCAAAAAUGAUACGGAAGCUCUAAUACACAGACCGUACAAUAAAUUAAUUACAAGGAGGAUCAUUGCUAAGAGGGAAAUUAAGUGUAACCUGGAUGAGUACAAUUUAGGUGUUCAGUGUUGCAAGAAAUGUGAACGUGGUUUUGUUAAAAAUACCAGCUGCCCAACAGAUGUUAGCAAACACUGUGUUCCAUGUAAAAAUGGAAAGGAGUACAUAGAUCAUGUCAAUGAUUUGGACAAGUGUUUGAGAUGCUAUUCAUGUGACAGCAUAUUUGGUUUGGAGGUUGCAAAAAACUGUACCCCAGGACAGAACACAGAAUGCACCUGUGCAAAGGACUAUUUUUGCAAUUCUUCUGUGCCGUGUAGGCAUUGCGAUCCAUGUACCAUAUGUGAAAGUGGCGUAAUUGAAAAACAAUGUACUUCAACUUCAGACACUGUGUGUGGAACAAAAGGAGAACCAUGGUGGGCCAUUGCUUUGAUAAUUCCGUUAGCACUACUAGCAGUAGCUGGAGCAACAUUCUGUUACAGGAGAAAACAGAAGGGUCGUACUAGCAAGGAGAACCUAGGUGAAGUAGUCCCCAAAGCAGAGGCUUCUUAUGAGAACGUACCUCUCAUAUACACAGAUGUUGACCUGAGCAGCCAUGUUGCUGGUAUUGUGGAGGAGAUGACGCUCCACGAAGUCAAGACAUUUGUUCGUAAUCACAAAGUACCAGAACCUGUCAUAGAUCAAACUGUUCGGGAUUAUUUUAGCGAUACAUCUGAACAGAAGAUUAAGCUGUUUCAAGUCUGGUAUCAAAGGCAUGGGAUAAAAGGAGCCUAUGGAACCCUAAUAAGCAGUCUGAGAGACUUUAAAAUGUGCACUGCAGCUGAUAAAAUUGAGGAAAAACUGAAGGCAGCUGUUUCCAGCUGUCAGGAAGGGGGACAGUCUUACAAUGAUGACACUGAGCAAAGCAAAACCUGCACUCAGGAAUGUAGAAACUCUUACAAUGGUAGUGCUGAGCUAAGUAAAACCUAUUCUGGUAGUUUGGAAGAGACAUAGCACAGAGUCAUUUGAAACUUAUUUCUGACUGAACUAGUAUUUUUGUAAUAAUAUAAAUAACAAAGCUUUUAAAUGCCAUUUUCAUUGGCAGUUCUGACUGAUUCAAAGAAGUUUUAAUAUGAACAAGGAAUAAUUAUGAUUUUUAUAGCAGUAUCUUUCCUUUAAAAAAAGUUUUAGCUUUUUUUUUGGUUGUUAAGUGGGAAGAGAAGUUUUAUAGCUCAUUUACGAAAAGGUACAAUAUAAGA